AAUUCGACUGGCUCGAUCGUCGCAGUCCCGACAAUGUGCCCGCUAAGGCCCGACGGGUUAUUGGUGCUCUUAUUAAUAGCAUCCUUCAACUCCGGAUAUCGAGUGACCAAUUCAAAUAAACUCAAUUUAAAUUUAAAUUUCACGGAAACUGCGACUGCAUACGGAUAUGAGUCUGAAGAGCAUACAGUGGCUACUGAAGAUGGUUACUUGCUGAAGCUUUUUCGGAUAACGAAAGGUGCGAAAUGUAUGGAGCCGAGGCGGCGCACACCGGUGCUGUUGAUGCAUGGGCUGCUGCUCAGCGCCGACUGCUGGUUGGACGCCGGGCCCGACGCCGGCCUGGCCUUCCUUCUGUCGGACUCCUGCUUCGACACCUGGGUCGGCAACGUCCGAGGCACCUACUACUCCCGUGAACAUCUCCAUCUCGACCCCGGUAAAAGCCGCUUCUGGAAGUUCUCCGUCGACGAAAUUGGACUUUACGAUAUCCCUGGAAUAAUCGAGUACGUGUUAAGAACCACUGGCGUGAAGCAGCUCAACUACAUCGGAUAUUCUCAAGGAGCCGGCACUUUCUUCAUCAUGUGCUCAGAAAGGCCAGGCUAUUGUGAUAAAGCGAAGUUAAUGAUCGCUUUAGCGCCUGCUACCAGACAGUUGAACACGAAAUCUGUAGUGUUCAGAACGGUACCGCUAAUUAUUCAGGGCCAAAAACAUUUCUUGCAAUCACUCGGCAUUUGGGAGUUGUUCGCGAGAAGAUUGCCGACGUAUGAAUUUCUCAGUAAUAUAUGUCAAAACGAUCAAGCCUCCAGCUUCUGUGAGUGGGUUUUGGGGAUAUUAGACGCACCUCAUUCACGGUCUAUCUCGAGGAACACUUUAAAAACUUUGUACAAACAUGUGUUAGCGGGUACUUCCACACAGAACAUGGCGCGUUACGGCCAAAGUAUUUUGGAUCCGACAUUUACUAAAUACAAUUAUGGAAGAGAGAAAAACAGAAAACUGUACGGAAGUGAUCGCCCCCCUGAAUAUGAUUUGAGAGCCGUGAGUGUCCCGGUGGUGUUGAUUUACGGUAGAAACGAUGGAAUAGUGGACGUGAAGGAUGUGCAGUGGUUGACGAGUAAGCUACCGAACGUUAUAGAGUCGAUCCCGGUGAAAGACAACUAUUGGACUCACCUAGACAUGGCCUAUAGUCAAAAUACGAAUGUUAUGAUAUUUCAGGAUAUCCGUAAAUAUUUAUUGCAAUAUGAUGUCUAA